AGAUUGUUCUGCAGUGAAUGAUCUCACCCCUGGAGUUUGAUGUACAUGGACUUGAUUUUUUGAGUUGCUCCCUGAAAUUAACUCUCCUUGCUCAAGGGGUCUGUGUAGAUAGACAAACACAAGAAGUAGCCUUUCAAAAUGUGGGACAGAAGAGAAUUGCUUUUUGCUGCUGUCGUCUUCGCAGCUCUCUACUACAGAGUGGCCGCAGAGGGCAAAACACCACUGGACAUGGCCGUAAAUGCUGUAGAUGGCCUGUACCAAGGAUGCCGUGAAAAAGCCAUGAGGAAGGUUGUCCAUUCAGACCUCUUAGGACAAGAGCUAAACCGCAGUAAGGAAUUUCAGGAAGCAUGGAGUGCAGGUACCAAGUGUUCAAAGCUGAACCCGGGAGGAAGAAAAGAACAUGCUACUGCACUUUAUGUAUAUGCUAAUGGGAAUGAACCCUUUAUAAAGACCUUCAACAGAGAAGUGGAGACAAUGGGUGUAAAUCUUACCACAUAUGAAAACAACUUCCAUUUCAAGUCUUUUCACUUCCUGCUCAUGGAUUCCAUGAAGCGGCAGGAGACGGGUAAUUGCAAGGCUGUGUAUGUUUUCCCAGAAACAGAAUACACAGCAGAAAAAGGCUCAAAAGUGAGACUGGGAAGGUUCAUCAUAGCUGACCUUAGCUUUGAUGAGCUAAGCAAAUCAGAAGAUUUGGACGGGCAAGUUGUUUUGAAUAUCACCUCUUGCUUUUUUGCCAAUCUGGUGGAGAGUUUCUGUGAGGAAGUAAACAGCAAUGUAGUCUUGUUAUCUCCAUCUGAAGUGUUCACUGUGGAGAGCAUAAAUUACAGAGUUAUGGGGGAAUUUAACUUCACUGAGAUCAUUCUGAAUCAUACAGCUCUGGAGAGUAAACAUCAGUGCUCCAUCCUUUCACGGUCUCCAGCUGACGUCUCCACCCAGUGGCUUGUGUUGGUGCUUGCGGCUUUGUCUCUUUUUUUCUAUACCCGUUGAGCAAAAAACAAAUAGCUCCUCCCUGAGAGUCAGUAAAAUGCAGAACACUGCUUUGUUUUUACAGUUGAACAAUGAAAAAACAAACUUGUUUUGUUGUGUUGUUCACCAACUCAAGUGCUGAAAGCUUUUGUAGUUGGCCGCAAAAAUAUAGUCAUAUUGUUUUUUCCUGAAACUCUGUUUUCUUUAAGCAUAUCAGCAAAUUUGUUUACUCAUAUCAAUAUUUCUAAGACAAGCCGAUUUCUUUUUUUUAUAAUUUUUUCUUUUGUAUUUUGUGCCUUUAUUGUAGACUGUAAAGUAGAGAGAUGACAUGAUUUUGGGGGGGGGGGCACAAGGGCAGUUCAAACUGGUUGAACUGCCCCUUGUCAUGAAGGCUAUAUAUAAUUUGUGUCUAUGUGCGUUUGGGUCUGCAUCAAAUAUCUGAAUAUUAUACCAUGUACUUAUUAUGUAAAAAUAAAAUCAUCCAUAAAUACAGUUAAGCGUAACUCUUAGUCCCAAAAAAGUACAUUUUAAAAAAGCACAUUUUCUCCAACUAAGAAAAACAUGAGCUAGCACCUGUGAAUUUAUAUUUAAUUGUAAAAUACAAGAAGCAUCCAACCAGUUUCAUUUAAUAUCAAUGUCACUAGAAUAGAUUUGAGGACAUUAAUGUUGGUAAAGCAGCAUUGCUGCAGUUUUUGUUGAUGAAAUCCACUGGGUAAGGGUCUGAUGGGAUUAAAUACACGGUAUGUCUACACUGAGUACAGUAUUUAAUCAAAUACAUAAACUACUAUGUUACAUAAUAGUGUGCAAGGGUAACAUUAAACAAAUGUGAUUACAAAAGGUCAAAAGCAGCUUAAAGUAUAUGGUUUACGAUGCUGAAAAAGUAUCUUAAUGUCUUGUUGUAAUAUCUAAAAACAAAUAAUAAUAUAGGGAUGUGUGAGAACUGAAUAACUCUGAGCUUUUACCAGCAAAACAGAAAUGUCACUUACAAAUAGUUUGGGUAUUCGUUUUCUUGACAUAGAAGUCUAACAGAGAGCAUUUUAACAUUUUAACAUCUCAGAGCUUCUCCCGUCUGGAGUAGGAUGGUUGGACAGUCAGAGGACACCGUUUGUGUUUGGGUGUGGCUCGAUCAGAUGUGACUGACAGUGCCGGCAGCACCACUGAACAACCCCAAAACUGUCAUCAACAUUUUGAUUUAAAGCCCCACCU